AUGUUUGUCGUAUUAACGUUUGUUUUUGUCUGUCUACUCGUAUUAUAUGUAAAAUAUAAAUAUUUUACUUCUCAUCGUUCAAUCCCAAGUUUACCAGGACAUUUCUUAUUUGGAAAUUUACUUCAAACGGGACUAUUAUAUGGAGCUGCUCUUCCACAAGUUUAUGCAUCAUUCAAAAAUAAACUUGGUGAUAUUUAUGAGCUUAAGCUUGGAUUUUUACAUGGAAUAAUCGUCAGUGAUAUAGAUGAUGUACAGCAUAUUUUUUCUCAUCGACUUAUUUAUGAUCAAAGUAAUUGGGUAGCGGAAAUAUUCAAUGUUCUCGUACCAGAGAGUCUCAUUACUCUAAAAGGUGCAAAAUUCAAGCGACAUGGUUCAAUCACAAUGCCUCUAUUUCGUCAUGGAAAAAUUCGUUCAAAUUUCGAUUUAAUUAUUAAUUGUACGGAUGAACUUUUGAAUAAUUGGCGUUCAAAUUCUUCGGAUCACAUUCAUUGUGAUAUUUUACAACAAUGCCAAAAUCUUCUACUGGAAAUUUUUGGAUUCAUUGGUUUUGACUAUGAUUUCGAUACACUUAGUGGAACAAACUAUAAUGAACUUGCACAAGCAUUAAAAACUUAUGUCGAUACAAUGGGAUUAGGUUCCUAUUUACCAAAUUUUCUCUUCAAUGCCUAUUUGAAAUUAAGUCCGAAAUGUCGACGAGCUCGAACAACAAUCAAACGACAUUUGUAUCAAAUGAUGGAACAAGAAUUAAAUGAAACUCCAGAGUCGAGAGCUCAACGAAAGAAGACAUCAUUAAUUGCUUCAUUAGUCGCUUCAUUACAAACAGAUGAACAAGCAGAAGAAAGAAAAAGUGAAGAGGAGAGAAAAGGUAAAUGUAAUUUUAUCUACUCUUUCGAACGUACCUCUGACAGUUAA